UGGAGGGACUAUUUGAUAAAACACAGAAAAGAGACAUGCAGAGACAAACUGUGCUAUAUGAAAAAGGGAACAAAGUAGGGAUAGUUAUAAAAUCAGGAAGGAGGUAAAAAGAACCAGACCAUAUAGUAGUAGGAUGGACGCCACAGCUGUUGCAAGGAUGUGGAACGAGACGGAUCCUCUGAGAAAUGAUUCCUUUUCUUGUGCGUCCCCUUCUGUGGAGGGCUACCGUUAUUUUGGUGUCCUCUUGGGAUCGGCUGUGACCAUAGUAGGAACCAUAGGGAAUAUUCUGACGGUGCUCGCCUUUGCUACCGAUGUCAACCUGAGGACGCGUUUCAACGUUCUGAUAGUAAAUCUUGCCUUUGCUGACCUCCUAUACUGCACCAUGCUCCAACCUGUCAGUGUUGACUCAUAUCUGCACCUGCACUGGAGAGGCGGAGCCACAUGGUGCCGGAUGUUUGGAUUCCUACUGUUCCUGUCCAACAGCGUGUCCAUUAUAACAUUAUGCCUCAUCGCUAUGAGCCGUUACCUGGUUGUUGCGCAUCGCACUUCUCGCUGUGCCCGUCUUCUCCUAUCCCACCGUGGAGUGGCGAUGCUCCUCAUCUCCUCCUGGGUACUAGGUGUGGCCAGUUUCGGCCCACUUUGGCCUGUCUACGUGUUCGCCCCGCAAGUGUGCACCUGCAGUUUUCACCGCACUAAGGGCCGGCCUUACACCACCGUGCUUCUUUUCAUGUACUUCUUCCUGGGCCUGGGUUGCGUGGGUCUUUUUUACUUUCUGAUCUACCGUAAGGUGAGCGUAGCCGCCAAGGCUUUCCUGAAGUACAGGCCCAGUCGUCGCUCAUCAAAACGCAAGCAGGCUGAAGCCGAAGGGACGACGGAUGACAGCGGGAUCAAUGCCACAGCCUCAACAACUCAAAGCUGUGAGAUCAGCAGUGAUGGGGCGGGAGCAGAGCAGCAUAAGAACAGAGCGCAAGAAGCCCACGCAACCACACAAGAGCCAAAGAACUCCAUUCAAAGUGCCUCCAAUGAGGUAAAAACAUCCUCUAAACCAGCUCCGGUAGUAAUCCAGACCACUCCAGCUGCCAACUCAGGAGAGGACAAUGAAUUUAAACGCGUGACUCGGAUGUGUUUCACAGUCUUUUUGUGUUUUGUUGGCUGCUUUGCACCAUUUCUGCUGCUGAAUGUUGCCGAUAAGGCAAAUCGCGCACCACAGGUCGUUCAUAUGAUUUGUGCAAACCUCACUUGGUUAAAUAGUUGCAUUAACCCUUUGUUGUAUGCCGCCAUGAACCGGCAGUUUAACCAGGCCUACAAAGACCUACUAAGCAAAGCUGUACAUCCACUAACCUGGAUAUGGAGAACCCACCGGUUCACAAUAAAGUGAUAAUGAAGAAGAUUUCAAUCUGAA